AUGUUUUUGCGGCCUCUCCACCACAAGCAGAAGACUUUUGGUCGUGCGCUUUCCUGUCAUCAUGCCGCGCGUUUCCAUGACGUCGAGGAAUUUGGUGCGCGCUCCCGCCGGGUCCGCCACUCUCCUCACCCGGUUCCUGUGGCAAGCUCAAUCUCUUUCCUUGCUCUCGCCCAUACCUCCUGUCGCUCUCAUUACGAGUCUCGCGUGAACAACCUGUUACAUUCUUUCCCUCAGAGAUCACUGAAGCUUGCAACAACACCAGUCACGACGCCCUUGCAUUCCCGGCGCCUCGCCGGAGGUCCGCGUGGCAUAGUGGGUAUAUCACAGGCCGUGAACAUGCCUGUAGGUGUGAAAUUUAAGAGUGGGGACAGCGUGAACUCGCCGAGUGAGGAACAUACUGUGCAGGCCCAGGCGCGUACAUCGGAAUUGUCUGAAGAUGUUCCGCCAGAUCCCGAAUCGGAUGAGGAUGUGCCUGUUCAGGCCGAGGAGCUACAGGAGGCUCUUUCGAGGCCCCCUCCUGUUAACAGUAGUUAUCUGCCUCUACCCUGGAAGGGCAGAUUGGGCUAUGCAUGUCUAAAUACAUAUCUACGAUACUCAACCCCUCCUGUUUUCUGCUCUCGCACUUGUCGCAUCGCCUCGAUUUUAGAAAAUCGCCACCCGCUUCUAGACCCCUCACAGCCUGCCCAUCCGACGAAGAACCGCCCGGACCGGAACCAGCCACCUGAUAUUGCACGGGGCCAAGCAUUCGUUGAAGCAUUGGGACUCACCAAUGCCCGGGAUCUUGUAAAGAUCCUGCGCUGGAAUGACCGUUAUGGAAUCAAGUUUAUGCGAUUGAGUAGCGAGAUGUUCCCAUUUGCCAGCCACAAGGAGUAUGGAUACAAAUUAGCUCCUUUUGCCUCCGAAGUUCUCGCAAGAGCCGGACGGGUCAUUGCCGAGCUUGGUCAUAGGGUGAGCGUGCAUCCCGGCCAAUUCACUCAGUUAGGGUCUCCUAAAACCGAGGUCGUGGAGAGUUCGAUACGAGAUCUGGAGUAUCACUCCGAAAUGCUGCAGCUGCUUCAGCUGCCUCCCCAACAAGAUAGGGAUGCGGUCAUGAUUCUUCACAUGGGUGGUGUCUUUGGUGAUAAAGAGGCCACCUUGAACCGGUUCCGGGAGAAUUACCAACCUCUCUCGCAAGAUAUCAAGAAUCGACUCGUUUUAGAGAACGAUGAUGUUAGCUGGUCGGUACAUGAUCUGUUGCCUAUAUGCGAAGAGUUGAAUAUACCGCUCGUGCUGGACUUCCACCACCACAACAUCAUCUUCGACUCGAGCCAAAUCCGUGAAGGGACCCAGGACAUUAUAGGGGUCUUUGAUAGAAUUAAGGCUACUUGGACUAGGAAGGGGAUCACUCAGAAGAUGCACUAUUCGGAGCCGACACCUUCUGCCAUCACGAAUCGUCAGCGGCGGAAGCAUAGCGAUCGUGUGUCCACCUUGCCCCCAUGCGACCCCACGAUGGAUUUGAUGAUUGAAGCAAAAGAUAAAGAACAGGCUGUGUUAGAACUGAUGAGAAUCUUCAAGCUUCCCGGCCACGAUUUGUUUAACGACCUGAUUCCACAUGUUCGAACUGACGAGAACAAACCGUUUAAGCCGCCUCGGAAGUCUACCAAAAAGAACGGGGGGUUUGUUGACCUCGAGGGACAUGUUCCUCCUGCACCAACUAUCCCUGAGGAAGUGGUUGGCAUGGGAGGUCCGGAGAGACGGGUUUAUUGGCCUCCUACAAUGGAGGAAUGGCUUCGGCCUAAGAAGCUCAUCCGUCCUAAAACAGCCCAGAGCCCCCGACGAUCUCGGCAGAUGAAGAAGGUCGAUAGUGGUGUAGAGGGAUCGUUGGAGCAAGAUGGCGAGGUUGCUAGUACCACCUUGACUACACCUGCCUCGACGCCCGCGUCCAAAACCUCUCAGCGUAUCUCUAGCGCGAAGAAGGUGGCUAGUAGAAAACGCAAAGCUUCUACGUCAGCCAGCACGUCGCCUUCUGCUUCAGAUAAUGAUGUUUUGCCAGAAACUCCCAAGCUCCCGCGAUCCAAGGGCACUGGGGUCCGUCGAAGCCGUCGAGCGAAGCCAGUCAGCUACGCUGAAGACACUCGGGACCGUGGAGCUAGACAAGGAAAGCUCUUUCUCUUCCUUCGUGCGCUCUUCGGGCCUACCAAGAGCCGUCGUGCCCAAGCUCGUCUUUGGGGUUUCCGCUACGAGACGAUCCCCACCCUUCGCCAUAGAGCCCAGGCAGGCCUAUACCGAGUGAUUCUUCGACGGCAAGCCAGGCUUCUCCAGAAACGACAGACUGGUAGACGGGGAGUGUUAGAUUUCCUUAUCGGGAGAAGAAGGCGGUUAAGAAGAUUGGACACUGGUGGGGGGAAGCCGGCGCGUGCGACAGAAGGAGUGCCAAUGUCACAGUACUUAUCGUCGACAUCCUCAUGGGGCUCAGGGGGCGGUGCUAGUGGUGGACGUCGCCAGAAGGUCUACCAGUACCUGAGGGCUGCGAAUGAACUACGUCAGACGUACGCCGCGCAAUGGGCAGCGCAGAUAAACCCAUCCCGUGAAUACGAUGAAGAGUACUUAAAAAACACGCCGGGGGCAUUUCCAGAUAUUGAAAUUGCACGGUCCGAAGAUGAGGAAAUGGUGAUUUUUCCGAGUUACGCAAGGCGACUGGUCAAAGACUACAACAGACAGCGUCGGGGAUCGACUUCGACGCUCGACGAAUACCGCGGUGUGGCCGAGGAGACGGAGAUGGAGAAACUUGAAAGAGAGAUAUUGGAGGAUGAAAAUGCGAUCGUCGCGGUUGAUGUGCGAGGCUGGGUGUACUCACCUCAUCGCGGGCCGAUGAAUCGAAAGCAGCGCUUGUUGAUCGCACUCGCGAGGAAAUUAAGCGGUGUACCGGCGCCGAGUAAUUAUUCGACUGAUACUGAAGGUCCCGAAUCCAAUACCGCUUCUAUAGGAAAGGCGUCAGGUAAAAGGGAUGAUGAUCUUGUGGAUGCGGAGGCGCAAUCGAUCAUCAGAAAUGCGGAAGGAAGGGCGGAUGCUGCCUGGAAGUCCAGUGCCUCGGAACGAGAUGGCGAAGCUAUCCCUGGACGACCUCUACAAAGAACGACCACAUCAUCAACGCUCGAACCUUCUCAAAUGAGCAUGGAUGAGCUGUCCCUGGCGAAUGCUCACCUUAUGGAGAGACUUCGCCCUUUCUUGUCGAAUCCCAUGAACCAGCAGCCUGUCACUGUGUUCUUUUUCAAUGAUGGGAAGAGCCAGUCGAGAAGCGUAUUGACUGACGAGUCAGGCCACUUUACUUUACGCGCAGCGCUGCCGUUUAUCCCGACUCAUAUCCGUGUCCUGGCAUCGGAGGAACUCUCUGCUAUGAAACAGGUCGAGGUCAUCGAACCGAGCGGUGUCAGUCUCAUCAGUGACAUAGAUGACACGGUGAAACAUUCAGCUAUCGCAAAUGGAGCCAAAGAAAUAUUUCGGAAUACUUUCAUCCGCGAACUAGCCGAUCUAACUGUCGAUGGAGUCUCAGAGUGGUAUACUAAGUUAGCUAAAAUGGGGGUUCAGAUACACUACGUCUCCAAUUCACCAUGGCAGCUUUAUCCGCUGUUGGAGCGCUACUUUAAACUGGCAGGAUUGCCUCCUGGUUCCUUUCACCUUAAACAAUAUAGCGGCAUGCUUCAAGGGAUAUUCGAGCCUACCGCAGAAAGAAAGAAGGGCUCCCUUGAACAACUGCUUCGGGACUUCCCGACACGCAGAUUCAUUCUAGUCGGUGAUAGUGGUGAGGCAGACCUCGAAGUUUACACCGACAUUGCCCUGGCCAAUCCUGGAAGGAUCCUGGGCAUCUUUAUCCGCGACGUCACUACAUCAGAUCAUAAGCAGUUCUUUGAGAAGUCCAUCGACCACCUGGAGCCUCAUCCAUCUCGUACUCGCAGCACUCCCCAGCUCAUCGAUACCAGCGACAUAGCAACUAAUCGGCCUGCGUUGCCUCCUCGCCGCCCUCGAGCACCAGACCAUCGAUCUGCUGAUGCCAUAAGCCUAGAUAACGCUGAUCUGAUUGACCUCCGUGACGAUGAAGAUUUGAGAGAUAUCCAGUCUGACACGUCCAAGCCACCGAAUGGACGCUUACCACCAGCGAAACCAUCCAAGCCUUCAUCUCUACGUACCGUUUCCGCCAUGUCAGACCAGCCCGGAAAAGGCAGUCCAUCCCAGAUGCAGGAUGCCAUCAAACGGAAGCCAAUCCCCCCUGUACCGCCGCGUCGUCCUUCAGAAGUCCCAGCUCCACAAAACGCACUGCCAACCCGCUCCAAAACAUUCAACGAAACGGAUCCAUCUGAACCUCAAGAACUCGUGCGGUCCAAACAACCCCCGCCACCACCUCCGCCCCGCCGAAGCAACACGGGAGCAACAUCCUCAACAACAACCUCGAACUCAAGCACAAGCCGCCAACCAUCUCAAAGACAACCGCAAUCAUACCCCACAGCCGCAGCAACAGCCGCUCUACAGUACGCCUCAGAGCGUCUCCCAUCUCCGUCCAACCUCCUCCGAUCUACAGCUACCAACCCCUCACCAGCCAGAUCAAGCACAAACAGUCUAGACAGCGACCAACAAUCAGUUGCCGGAUCUGCACCUCCAGCGCCAUUGCCCAACAAGCGCGAAGAACUCUGGCGAAGACGCUGGGAAAGAGCCCACGAGAUCCUAACGGACAAGGGCGUGGUGCUCGGUAGUUGGCGAGUCGGCACAGAUAUCCAAGAUGUUACGAUGUGGUUGGUGCAGGAGGCGAUGAAAGAUGUCCCUCUCUCGGAUACGAAGGGAAACUAA